AAUCCCCGCUUUAGGAACGCGACCGCGCUCUGGUCGGUUUAAGUGUAGGUGGCGGGCGGGGGAGAGCGGCUAGGCGAGAUUGCCCAUGCGCACACGUGCUACCGGCCUGCAAGGUGUAGGCGGCCGAGCCCCGCCCCCUUGCCUUCCCUCGCCCAUCCUCCCAUCCCCUCCCCUCCCCUCCCUUCUCCACUCCUUCCCUGUGGGCCCAGGAGGGACCAGACGCCCAGCUGUUGACAGGAGGUAGGGGAGGGCUAGAAAGCCAGGACGUCAGAAGGACAGAUCGACGGGGGAUCGCGGUGACACUGAGGCGACAGUGGCAGGGGCUCAGGAGUGCAUAAUUUUUGAACUCCAUAUGAAAUAAUAUUUUAGGGGAGUCCUCAUGAAUUCCUUUUUGGACCAUGUCCAUGAUCCUUUUUGCCUGUGUGGUACGGGUGAGAGAUGGGUUGCCACUCUCUGCCUCCACAGAUUUUCACCAUAACCAGGAUUUUUUGGAAUGCAGAAAGCGCCUAAAAAUGUUGUCUUUAAUUUUGACACAGUUUCCAGGUCGAGGAACUGCAGAAGGACAUGAACUCAGUAUACAUUUUGAUUCUUCUGGAGCCAUAGCCUGCCUGGGAAUCUGCUCUCGAAGUUAUCCAGUAGCGAUGGCUUUCUGCUUUUUGGAGGCUCUGCGGUGGGAGUUCACAACUUCCUAUGACAACACCAGCAUAGGCUUGGCUUCCAGACCAUAUGCCUUUCUCAAAUUUGAUAGUGUCAUUCAGAACAUGAAAUGGCAUUUUAACUAUGCAAGCUCUUCUCAACUGAAGAACCGCUUGGAAAAGAUUCAGGAAGAGCUGGUGCUUCAACCUCCACUAGUCCUGAGACUAGAGGAUACAGACGUGAUGAAUGGACUGAGAAAUAGUCACUCACCCAAGCUGGUUGAAUAUGCUCCAAAUUACCGGAUGAAACCAGUGACAUCCUUGGGGAUUCUGUCUCUUAUUCUAAACAUCCUGUGUGCUGCUUUGAAUCUUAUUCGAGGAAUUCAUCUAGCAGAGCACUCCUUUCAGGAUGAUCCAGAGGCAAUCGGAAGCAUAAUGGCAUUUCUUAUCCCUUUUGUAGCCUGCAUUUUUCAGUGUUAUCUGUACCUGUUCUACAGCUCCACCAGGCUUCUGAAGGUGGUCAUCAUCCUGGUCUUCAUUUGUCUGUGCAACAUUUACCUGCACGGACUAAGGAACCUCUGGCAAAUACUCUUUCACAUAGGAGUGGCUUUUCUGUCUUCCUAUCAGAUACUGACAAGGCAACUUCGAGACAAAGCGUUUGAUGGUGCUGUUUGAGACCCUCGAGCCACUAGGUCUUGGACUGGCCUCUCUCCUUCCUUGCUCACCGGGGGGAAGGGCAGGGGAGUGCACCAUUUUUUCCUGUGGAAAGAGGCUUACAGCCACUUGUCUGGUUUGGCCUUUCCCUCUUCAGUUUUGGGUCUUGCAGGUACAUUUCUUACUAAACUGGACAGAAGAACUGAAGGUACGGACUUCAUCGUAACAGAUGCAGUGGAAGAGAAGAAGAGAACUUUGGGUGAUCCCCACGUGUUCCAGAUGGAUACAUAGCAGAGAGAAGGCUCUUCCAUUCCAUUUGUCCUUUUAUUUGUAAUAGUAAUGUUUCUAUAAUGCUUCAAAGUUUACAAAGCACUUUCCUUCCAUCAGCUCUGUGAGGGGGACAGUGCAAGGAUUAUUAUCCUGGUUUGCAAAUCAUAGGAUUAUAGAUUGAGAUUCGAUGCCAUCAGGCCCAAACCCUUCAUUUUACUGAUGAGGAAAUGGAAGCACAGAGAUGAAAGGAUUUGCCCAGGAUCACACAGCUAGGAAGUAUUGGAGCCUGAAUGUGAACCCAGGCCUUUUGAUUCCAGGCCUCAUCUCCUGAGCAGGAUUCAGGAACGUGUUUAUAAAAUAUCAUCCAGUAACAGAAUUGGAUUAGAAUAAUAGAAUCCAGAACUGAAGGAAUGUUUGGGUUAUUGUGCUCUACAGUCAUUUGCUAAAGGUGGGAUCCUAGUUUUGGAGAUUAUGUGCUCAUUUCUUUUCUUUUCUUUUUUUUUAACUCUUGAAUUAGCCAAAAUGUGAUGGCAGAUAUUUUUUUAACCUUCCAUCUUAGAAUCAAUACUAAGUAUCAGUUCCAAGGCAGAAGAGUGGCAAGGAUUAGGCAGUUGGGGUUAAGUGACUUGCCCAGGAUCAUAUAGCUAGGAAGUGUCUGAGUCUACAUUUGAACCCAGGCCUGGUUCUCUAUCCACCAAGCCACCUAACUUCCCCUGAUGACAGACAUUUUUAAAAGGUUCUUUUGAUAGUUUAAAAAGUAUUUCCUUUCUAAUGGUCUCCAGAAUAAAUUAUGAAUUUUGAGCUGUAAUUGCCAUUUACAAAACACAAACUAAUUAGAUUUUUUGGAGAUCUAAUUUUAAACUUUCCAGUGCUGAUUAGUAGGGCAUUACCCAAAUUUAUCAUUUUUUAGACCUUUAUUUUCUGUCUUAGAAUUGAUAUUUAGUAUCAGUUCCAAGGCAGAACAAAGAGCGGUAAGGCAAUGGGGGUUAAGUGACUUGCCCUGGGCCACAUAGCUAGAAAGUGUCUGAGACCAUAAUUGAACCAGGGCCUCCCAUCUCCUGGCCUGGCUUUCUAUCCACUGAGCCACUCAACUAUCCUCCAAAUUUGUUUUUAAUACUCAUCUGGCAUGAGGGAAAAUAUAAGCUUUCCUAGUGUUUAGGGUUUCAUUCAUUUUUUUUUAAACAUUUAGACCUACAUGAUGGUGAGAAAAUUCUAAAGAAGUUUUAGGUAAACAGAUAUCUCUUUGCAAUUAUUUGUACCUAUUAUUUGUAAGACUAAUAUGUUACUUAAUCAUUUUUUAAUAAAAAUUUCCUACCAUUCUAUUUGGUAAGCACACUGAGAGAGAUCUGAAUGAUUGGAAAACAAUCUAUUAAGCACUUAUUAAUGUGCCAGGCAUUGUGCUAAUAAGCACUAGGGUGCAAUAGUUCAGGAAUUUCUUGCUAGAUAUGAUCUCUAGUUGGCCAGGAACUACUCAGGAACAUUGUAUAAUAUUGAUUGAGAAGAGAUGGAGUGGAAAAGAAGAAUGUAGAGAGAUGAAUUAAAAUCAAACAGGUUCAGAACAGUUAGUAAAACUUUGUGUAUCUGAAAUCACCUGUUACAACAAAUAAAAGUGAUUGGAGUGAAGCUGUUUGGUUGUCCAAUUGGGGCAGCACCUUCAUAGGGCCAGGAUGAGCUCCACAGUCCGAUGUUGAACACCAUGGGCUUAGGAACUUAAUGCCAUCAUCCCCUCCAUCGUUUCCCCUGUUCCCCACUCUCCAACUCGGUCAUAUUAACUAAACUCAUAAAAGAUGACUGAAUUAUAAACCAGAAUAUCAAUUUAUUAAUUUACCAUAGGAAGCCACUUUGAAGAGGCUGAGUGAUUAAAUUGGUUAGUUAGCAGAAUCUGUUACUCCUUUAUGGAAACCCUACUAUGAAAACCAAGUUAAUAAUAGAACAUGACAAGGCUAGUUAGAUCCAGAAUGAAGAGACAUUAGAAGAUGUAAAGGAUAUUAUUCACAAAUUCUAAUAAUUGGAAAAAUUCUCUUCAUAGGGCUUUACUACAUUGUAGACUGAAUACUUAUGCUGGUUGGUUAGGAUAACUUCUCUCUGGUGAGUUCUAGAUCAGAACUAAAAGAACUUCUUGGUUUUCCUUUUUUCUAGAUUCUCUCUAAACCUUGUCUUCCUCUUGGACCAGCAUUAUCUUCAGUGUUACUAUGAACUUGAACAGGUUCUAGUUUAUUUUACCUUAUUUAUCCCUCAGAGGGGUAUCUCCCCAACAUAGUUUUGGGAAGUCUUAUCAACAUCUCAACCAAAUAUCAUCUCUUAGUAUAAGUUAGUUUAGUAGGUGGCUAAUAACUUUAUCCAUUUUACAUUUAUUCCACUGUUCAACACAUGUUUUGACACAUGAAAAUUCUUGAUGUUUUAUGUAUAUGUUUUGAUAUUAUUUCAAAUCAUGCCAAUGGGAUGCCCACUGUUAUCAAGUAAGGUGAAUUUUGAUAGAAAUCUGCAACAUGAGAGAGUAAUAAAGUGUGGUUUGAUUGAGGGGACCGUGGAGGUGUGUAGGGAAGUCAGGGCAUGUUCUCGAUAUGGCAGCUUGUUCUGGCAGUGGUGUGUUCACUGUCAUUUGGCAAAAUCACUAUUGUUGCCAAUCCUGUUUUCUCAUAUAUUUAUAUUUUGUAGAGAUUUGUGUGUUUUAAAAUUUUCUAUUAUGUCUCAUAAGUAUAUCAGUCAUCUGAAUGAUUUUUAAAUGUGGGGUGAACUAACUUUUAAGUGUUACUUUACUUCUCCAGUCAGGAAAACCUAUAGACUUGACUGGUUGGUGAUCUCAACAAGAUUCAACCCCCUUAUCUAGGCUAUGAUUUGGGAGAACACAAAGAUUGCUCAGUGGAUUGCUAUUUUUCACUUAUGCGGUAAAUCAAGGAUUACCUCCAAAUCUAAACAAACUCUGCACCAUCCAAAUCUACCAUUAGUUCUCAAGGCCUAAUUUACACAGUAAUGAUCUAUUUGUACCAGAACCAUCAGAGAGUUGGAAUUUGGAGGAAGAUGAUGGACUGGAUUGUAAUGAUGAGACUUGGCUUGCCAAGGUGUAGAAGAAGCUCAGCAAGAAGCUGGUUUCCCCCUUUGGAAGUAACUUUUCUAUCUUCCUCUAGUAAUUCAAGAAGACCUAAAUGAACUUCCUUGUUGAGGAUCUUAUUAGAAAAAUAAAGCUAAACUUUGGGGUUAAAAAGCUAGACUUUCCUGCAAGAAGGCAUUAAGACAUGUUCAAAACAGGACAUUUCUCUUCAGAAGCACUACAUAGGGAAAGUAUUGACAUGUUUCUAGGCAUCUCAAAGGGAUUUUUCUCUUGCUGCAAUCAUACCACUAUGUUAGUUGUGAGCAGAAGAACAGAGAGGGAAUACCAUUUGAAAAAACACUGGCUUCAAAGAACUGACUUCAGGAAAGAAAAAAUUUGGCCAUUAGUCAUAAAAAAUUUUCUUGCUGCUGAUGCAUAUUAAGUUUAUUUUAAUGAGGUUUUGUCAAGACAGUGGAUUAAAAUUGUUCAGAUUUAAUUUUUUACCUGAAAAAUACAUUUCCAACAGUCCACGAAAUGAAAAUCAAAGAGACAUUUAUUGGGACCUCAAAUAAGGGGAAUGAUGAAAGGGGAGCAUUUCAAAGGACAGAUGAAUGAAGUUAAAGGAGCUACAUAGAAUCCUUCUAAAAAAAGGAACAAAAACUUGGUUAAACUACAAAAGGCAUAAAAUUACCAAGGAAUUUGGAUACAGAAGAUGAACUUGAGUACUUAAUGAUGGCUCAGCAUGACAAAGUAGGAGACCAACUAGAUGCAGAAACACCUUUUGAAGUAACUUUCCUGGUUGUUGUCAAUGACUUUAUAAAGGUUUUGGAAGGAAUGUCACUUAAGAACCUUUUGGUUCAUAUUUUGACUUCUUCCUGGAAAACUUGGGUGCUAUUAGUGGUGAGCACAGAAAUCUCUAUACUGGAAAAACAAGGGCAAGUAGAGUCCAAACCUGGUGGCAGACUUGUGUUGGGAGUUCAGGAAAAAUGUCACACAGUUGAAAUAAAACAGGGAAUCAUCCGUAAACUAGCACAAUUUUGUUUAGUGAAAAAAAAUUUUUUUUUAAUUAUAAAACCAAUUCUGUGAAGAUGGUAGACAAAUUCCAUAUUUGAAACCAGCAUAAAAAUGCAAGGUUCACCUAUUUUUAUGAAUGUGAGGAAAAAGAAAAAAACAAACCAAGGGAAACAUUUAAAUAUGAAAAACAUAUUCUUAAAGGAGUCCUGGGGUCCAGUGUGUUUUUGUUUGUUUUAUUUUACUUAGACCUUAAGUUCUGAGAGUGGACCCUGUUUGAGCUAAUAGGCUCAAAUAACACGAGUUCUUAAUUAACUGGAUCAUUUUCUCUGCCUUAAAAUUUUAGUGGCAAUAAAAAAUCAGGGCAUUCAUAGUUUAACACCCCCACCUCCAUCACCAAAAAAACCAAAACAGGAAGGAUUAGCAUAGUGAAAAGAAUGCUUUUUUGGGGGGUGGGGAGGUGGCAGAAGACCUAGGUUCAAAUCCCAGCUCUAUCACUUUCCUGUAUUUUUAAUCUUACUUCAAUUUCCUUGUUUCUAGAAUGAAGGGAUUGAAUUGGAUGGCUUCUAAAGUACUUUCCAGCUCUGAAUCUGAUACUGUAGUCUUCCAGGGGAUGUCUAAGGGUGAGGUUUUGGAGCAAGCCUAGUCUCUUAAUUAAGUCUUUCUACAUGGACAGCAACCAUGGAUUGCCAAACCUCAAAUUGUCAUCUCUGGGAGGGACUCUCAAGACAUAAAGUGACUUCAGGACUGAGCAAAGCUUUAGAACACUUCUAGACCAAUGCCUUCAUUUGACAGAUGAGGAAACAGACUCUUCUUGUCUAGGAACUAGAGAUGAUGGUACUUGUAUAGGACUAUUUUAAAAUCAUGUAUGUGAAAAUGCUUUGCAGAAUACAUAAAGUGUCAUACACGUAGGAGGUGGCAGUAAAUGUCACAGGCUUCUUAGAGUAAAUCAUAUGCUGAGGGUGUGGUACUAAGAGUGGAUUUAUAUUUUAGUAAGGUUUUUCAACAAAGGUUAAAAUAAAAAGAUAUUCUCCUUUAAGCAUCCCCAUGAGUGGAGAAUUUGCUCCCAAAGUGUAGAUUUUAUUUCCAAGCUUCUCUCUCUUUCCUCUAUGUCAAAGAAAUCACGAUGAACAUUUGGGUAUGGUACGCCUACUUUUCUCACAAAGCUAAAUGCUCUGAAACAAGAGAAUGAGUUAAUGUACGACAAAAGUUGCCCUAAUGGUUACUUUCUAUCCUCUAAGGCUUCCCAUAAUAAUAAUAGUUUGCAUUUUGAUUCCGUUGUAAGGUUCACAGACUGUUUCCCUUGAAAUAGCUUUGUGAAGUAUAAACAAUAGAAACAUGACAACCUUUUCAGAUGAGAACACUAAGGUAACAUAACUGAUAAGAGUGAUAAAGGAUAAGAACCUGUAUUUGAGACUAGGUCUUCUAACUACCAAGUUCAUUGUUAUUUUUCUCCUUUGCUGAACUUAUGCUAUUUAGAUUCCAGAUAAAUCCAAUAUUUGACAUCCCCACAUUUUCUUAGGAUUUUGUGUUAGAAGGGCUUUUUGAUCUUUAAAAAAAAUCUAAUAAACUGAUGGGUAAAGUGAUUAAGUGAUAAAAGUGACCACUAUGUAGCAGAGACAGGAUCUUGCAGUUAAGACAUUUUUUAAAAAGUAUAGAAAAUAUCUUUGUCAAUUUAAAAUGUCCACAAUUGCUGUCACAGAAAAGAGGAGAAAACCCCCUGAAUUAGCAUUUUUGAAAAUGUUUGUGUUUUAACUUGUUAAAUCUCUUGCAGGGAAAAUUAUUUUUUUGUUAUUUCCCCCCAAAGCUUAAAGACAGAAUCCUCUAAAAUAACAUCCUUUGACAAAAGUAGAACAUUUUUGAUGAGUUUUUAAAAAUAUAAGCAUCCACUUGAAAAUAUGAUAUGUGAAAAGUCUCUUGCCAGAGAGAUGGGGUUUGGCAGCAAUUCUACCUAAAGAUGGCUUAUAAGGAGAAUCUGGAAAGGACCAGCACUAGAAAGUCCAUUUGACAGCACAAGUUGGUUUGUUUGUUUUUUUCUAAAGAGGUUAUUUCUCUGCUCUUUUUAGUUUCAGGUACAGAUUGGAUUCAGCAUAAACUUGUGACUUGAUAUAUCUGACUUGUUUUUCUUUGAAUCUUGGAUUGCUUUCUCAGCAGUUUUUUUUUUUGCCCCCUUAUAAAGUAAUUAUCUUGAAGGAAACAAUCUUAUUUUGGAGCAAUACUUUAUGUAUUUUAUUUUUACUAAUAUGCUGAAUAUAAACAAAAUCUGACUUUGUAUUUUUUAAACCAC